GGUGGCUGUGCUCCAUGUUUGGAAUGUUUAUUGUUGGCAUCAGUCUUAUAGUCACCCGUGACUAUUAUUUCCUAUGCACACUUUUGGCUCUGCUAGAUCACAAGGUAGUUCAAUGAAGAAUCAUCAUAUUUCUUGUCCUAUAGGUUCAUUUUGCAAAGCACAUCUAUGGUCUUAUUGGUCCAAAUAUAGGCCUGGGGUUUGCUAUUGGUGGGUGCCGAUGUGUUAUGUAGAAACACAUAUGAAUGAUGGUCUGAAGCAUCAGAAAGACAGACAGACAGAUAUAAAUAUAGCCACGGCCCAGCCCAAGUGUUGACCCAAGAUCAGCGUCCAGGGGCAACUUAAUCCUACUUUGUAGUGGAUAUUGUCUGCUAUAGAAUUACAGUGGUCUCAGGAUGACUGCAAGCCAGGGGUUGAGACACAUACGCCUUAUGGGAGUUGCCUGCAAGACCCAUGUAUUGUGCUGAAAAAUAAACCAAAAUGGUGGCCUCUGUGGGUCUGAGUGGAUACUGCACCCCCGGCUGGCUAUAGGAGUGAGUGGCUUAUGUCAUCUUCAACAAACGGAAGUUCUUCGACUUUGCAACACUGCUCAAUAUGGACCUUAUUUAUACGUUAUUAUAACCAUGUAACCCAGGGAAAACAGAGAACAUCAAAGUGACUUCUGUUUCCUUUAUCUCACCCGCCAUAACAUGCCCACACUAACCUAGAGGACUUUUCAGAUGGGUGGCGGUGCGGGCUACAACACACAGUUCAUGCAACACCCGGGCCCCAGAGGUCCCCCUGGCACGUCCCUGGCAGGGAUGGGUCCUGCUCGUUUUCCGUCAAUGGGGCCCCUCAGGGCCAGAGGAUGCCCCAACACCCAGGCUACCCCAGGGCUCAGCAGGGACACACUAGGCCGCAGCAGGGACUCAAAUGCCCAUACAACGCUGAAGUGAGUCUCCCUCAGCGAAUGACUUCACAUAUUUUCUAAUGCAAACCAUUUGUAGACUGACAGCCAUAAGUUGAAAAUAUACAGUGUGAAUUAUAAUACUAUGUUAACACCUACGUACAUUUUAUUUAUUUUAUUAAGCUUGAGCUUUAUAUUGAGUUUAACCUAAUGUCGUUUUUUGUUCGUGUCCAACUUCACCAACAUAUCUGUCGAACCCCUAUUCCUGUCUGUCUGUUGCACAGCCUGCUGGGCUGUACUGUUUUCACACCCUCCCUCCUAUGUGUGUGUAUGCCCUGGCUGGCUACUGUAAUAAUACCCAAACUAGAGUCCAGAGUACAAACCAGUGUUGUGCAGUUUGCCUUUCCAUCGGAGCAGUUCAAUGGACAAUGAACUAGCGGCUGGGGGAGUCAGUGGAGUUUACAACAUCUUCAACCAGGCUGCAGUCAAUGGGAGACAGACUGGGCAGGGUGAUGCCUGGUUAUCCAAGCUCUCCCCUUCUUGGAAACCCCACCCCUCCCAUAACCCCAGGCAGUGUGAUGCCCCCUACAUGUCUCCUGGCCAUGACGUCAAGCCCACUUACCUGCCUGACAUCAAGCCAAACACGAACUCCCUACCCCCACCACUCCCCACAGCACUCACCGCUGACAGACUGCGUUCUUGAUCAGGUAAAGGUGUCCUGUGACGGCGAGAAGAUGUAUCUGCCCUGCGACGUGUGUUCACAUUAUUCUGUACAUACACCGUUCCACUGUGCGGGUCCACCUGUAUUACGAAGAAAAGCAUUGGCCUAAUUCAAUCUGAAAAAAGAGACACUUGAAUGACACUUGAAUCACUUGAAUCCACACAGCUGCAAAACGUAGCCUAAGCAUCACUGGUCAAUCCACUGCAGGUGCUCUCACCUGUUCCAAUGGAUCCAUCGCUUCUUUAGAGGAUCCGAUUAAAUUGGAGUCGAGGCUGCGCACAAAACAAUGAGAACACAUGAAAAGCAAAGCGAUCGUAGGUGUCCACAUUGUUGACCAAACAAAAUGACACAUAAUAUCCAGCCGUUGUAAAUAGCAAAAUCUCUAAUACAGAAGACGAACCCACUUUUCUCUGAGCAGAGCAGGUGUAUCCUGGUACUUAUAACCCUACACCGGCCCACCCGCACAUUGUAAAGCUUCUACUUCUUUCAUUGCACACCAAAACCCACACCAAUCCCUCCUCCCAACACACAGAGGCUCUUUGAAAUGUAUUUUUAAUAAAUAAGAAAUAUUCUUUGAACAAACCGCAUCAGUCGACAUGGAUGAGAGCUACAUCCUGGCCGACCGGAACAUAUGGUAAGCUGCUCUCUUUAGAACUAGACUAGUUUAGGCUAUAGGGGGAAAUGUCGUAAAAUGAAGAAUUGUCAACCGUUUGAUGGUCUGAGAUCCCUAUCUAUCACUCCUGUAAUAAUAAUAAUUAGGAUAUUAACUGUCUAAAAUAACGUAGUAGGCUAUAAUAAAUGUGUUACCGCCACCUUA